AGUGCACUACGUCAGUUUUCAUACUUCCCAAGACAUCGAACAUCAGCUUCAUCGCCUGAUUAUCUAUUUUAGGGACAGGCAAGAAAAGGCAUUCUCCAUUAUGGGAGCAUUUCAUCAUGAUAGAUGAAGCAAGAGCCAAAUGCAGACUGUGCAGUAACGUACUUAGUUACAGAACCUCCAUUUCAAAUUUGAAGAAACAUUUGAUAAAGAAACACCAACAACCGAGAAAGAUACAGAGCCCUGCUGUCGUUUGGAUCUGACGUGAUGCACAAUCUACUUCGACGUAGCGACGAAAAACCCGAAGAUAGUACUCGACGACCACGACUAUUUGAUAUAGAGAAAAGAAAUCAACAAACCGUUUGGAAAUGUUGUUAUUACUUCAGAACUAGGGAGAAAAGGUGCAAAUCCACUCUAGUGACCACAGGGAGGAUCGUAACAGUCAGCAGUGACACUCACAACCAUCCGGCUGUUCCGAAGAAGGACAAGUAUAAGAACAUGCUCUCGCAAAAGGUCACUAUUAUCAGAGAGUGAGAAU